AGGCAUAGGAGGCACGGCUUCUCCUUCUGUGUGUUCAGUCCUUGCCUCUCUACCUCUCUGCUCCUCCCAUCUGGUUUUCCAAAGAAGUAAAGAGCCAGACGGAACAACAGACAAGUGGGGGGGAAAGGAACACGAUGAUGAAGGAAAUUAACUCCGAGAGCCCUUGGACAUCCAGAUAGUCAUUUCAAAACACAGCACAGCAGAAAAUCUUAAAAUAACAACACAAAGGUUUUACCAUGGAUUACAAGUCUGAGAGCAAAAGGAAGCAGCAGCAUAGCUUGAAUUUGCUGGAUCAAAUAAAAAGUAUGAAAAAUUUAACGGAAAUGAUUGAUGUGGUUUUAGUAGCCGAAGGUGAAAAGUUCCCUUGCCACAAAUUGAUGCUGGCUGCUUUCAGCCCCUAUUUUAAAGCAAUGUUUACCUGCGGUUUGAUUGAAUGCACACAGAAAGAAGUGGCACUCCAUGACAUGUCAGCAGAAAGUGUGUCCACACUUCUGCACUACAUGUACACCGCUGAGCUGCACCUCACAAAUUGCAAUGUACAGAGUGUGGCCAUCGCUGCAUUUUUCAUGCAGAUGGAAGACGUUUUUAGCAUCUGUCAGGCAUACAUGAUGGGCCACAUGGAUGCUUCCAACUGUGUAGGGAUUUAUUACUUUGCGAAGCACAUUGGGGCUGAAGAAUUGUCUGAUCAAGCCAGGAAGUAUUUGUAUCAACAUUUUGCAGAGGCAAGCCUGCACGAAGAAAUAUUGGAGAUAGAAGUGCAGCAGUUGCUUGGUCUGAUCAGAUCAGAUGAUCUGAAUGUGUCCAGAGAAGAGAGCAUUUUGGACUUGGUCCUCAGGUGGGUUAACCACAGCAGGAAACUGCGUGCGGAUCACCUCCAUGAGCUCUUGAAUCAAGUAAGGCUGGCGCUUGUAAGCCCCUCAUUUCUAGUAGAGGCUCGGAAACGGAACACGGUCCUGCUGAGUAAUUCACUGUGUUACGACAUGAUUGAGGGAGCACUGGAAACGAUCAAGAAAUCCAACCAACCUUCUCUCAGUCUCCGCUACGGCAUGGAGACCACUACUCUUCUGCUUUGUAUCGGAAAUAACUCUCAGGGCAUAAGAUCGAGGCACGGUAACUACGCGGAUGCCAGCUUCUGUUAUGCUCCUGCAACACAAAAGGUUUACUUCAUUUCCUCUCCGAAAUACGGAGAAGGCCUGGGAUGUGUAUGCACCGGUGUGGUUAAUGAGAACAACGACAUCAUUGUGGCAGGAGAGGCAAGUGCUGCCAAAAUGUCAAGACAAAAGUCCAGGAAUAUUGAAAUUUAUAGGUACAACAGUCGGGGAAAUCAGUUUUGGCAGAGUCUAUGUACGGCCCAGUUUCGUGAGCUCUAUGCUCUAGGCACCAUCCAUAAUGACCUCUAUAUCAUAGGAGGUCAAAUGAAACUGAAAAACCAAUAUCAUAUCACAAACAUUGUGGAGAAGUACUCCAUGGAGCAAGAUAAUUGGAGAAACCUGGCUCCUCUCCCGGUGCCAUUAGCCUGCCAUGCUGUGGUAACAAUGAAAAACAGGCUGUAUGUAAUGGGAGGUUGGACACCACAGAUGGAUCUUCCUGACGAUGAGCCUGAUCGAUUAAGCAACAGAAUGUUGCAGUAUGACCCAGGCCAAGACAAAUGGAUGGAGCGCACUCCGAUGAAGUACUCGAAAUACCGCUUCAGCACAGCUGUAGUCAACAAUGAGAUUUAUGUCUUGGGUGGGAUUGGAUGCCUCGGUCGAGACAGAGGGCAAGUACGACAAUGUCUUGAUGCAGUGGAGAUCUAUAACGCUGAUGGGGAUUUCUGGAGAGAUGGGCCGCCCAUGCCUCACUCUCUUCUCUCUUUGAGAACUAACUCUACCUGUGCUGGUGCAGUGGAAGGGAAGCUCUAUAUCUGUGGUGGAUUUCGUGGAGCAGCUCGGCAUGAACUUAUUGCCAAAGAGAUUCUGGAGCUGGACACUUGGGAGAAUCAGUGGAAUGUGGUGGCUGUUAACGUCCUCAUGCAUGACAGCUAUGAUGUCUGCCUUGUUGCUCAACUGAACCCGCGUGAUCUCAUCCCUCCCCCUCCUGAUUUAGCGGAGCAAUAGGUAUGCAGAUUUCUCUAGA